GAUGACGAGCCGAAUGGCGAAAGUGGCAGAUUGGCGGGGCCUUGCACAUCAUGCGAUUCUCGUACAUCCGAUUAUGGCCUGGACACGUAUGAAGAAGUAGUGACGUUUCUACAAAAACACUUGGAGGCGUACUCACAGGGCGCUUGGCUCACUACGGAAGACGAAAGCGAUCAGUCGAUAAAAGCCGAGAUCUCAUUUCUGGAGACCACACUCCAGAGUCUUGCAAGUGGUUAUCCUUCGACUGUGACUCCUGUUCAUACCCUUCGACACCGUCUUGCCAACAUACACCUCCAAGACGAGGAUACGACCAUUAACAGGCUCACUCGUUCGGUGGAUCUCUUUGAGAUGACUUACCUCGCUCUGCUUUCAAUCUACAAUGCACAGCCUCGCCAUAUUACAUUGAGCUGCCUCGUCAAGCAGAUCGAAGCGCACCUCAAGAUUAUUCACCUUCGAUCGCAAAGCGAUGAAUGGCAAACAAUCAAGAUGAAUCGUGAACGAGAGAUGAAUGGCGGGGAUGCCAUUGAGAGGAUCACUGAUGCAGUGGUUGAAACGCACCUGGCUCGAGCUCGAACGUUACUGGAUGAUGCUCAAACAGAAGCAUUCAUGGUCUUUGGAGUCUGUGGUGGUCAGAUGAUCAAGUCGUUGAACAGGCUGGAGAGGCGUUUAGACAAGCGGACGGCGUGGUAUGCGGAAUAUAAUAGAGAUUCAGAACAUGGCUCCAACGGGUGGAGACAAGAUGACGAGGAGGAUAAGUCAGAGGAUGACGCAGUGGACGCCAUCAAGGCGGCAUUGGCCAAUAGCACGAUGGACAGGACCCUUCACAGGACACCUUACGAAGACGAAUCGAGUAAAGAGAAUCGACAUGGACGGCGGAGAGUCAGUUUCACGAACAAGGCUUCAAAGCAUCGCAAGGAUAACGGACUGCACGAGCGCGAGGAGAACAAGUAGACUGUUGUUGUAUAUGAUUUGCUCUUAGUCCACAUUAG